AUAGUUCCUCGCCCUGUGACGCUUGUUCCUAGCCCUGUGACCCUUCCCAGCUGCAAAUCGUCUGAGACCAGGGUUCAGUCUUCCGCUUUUAUCUUCGCCUGAUUAAUCCCGCGUUUCUGACGCUGCCUGAGAAUUGGAAGUACUAGCGCAUCGGAGGAGCAGGAGGCGUUUAGUGAAUAAAUAAAUAAAUAAGAGGAAAAGAUACAACAGCUUUUGUUCUAAGCAUCUCCAAACAUUGUUUCCGGGAGAUUAGACAGUCGUUACAAAUGGACGGUCAUCCCUACGGCCACCAUCAUCGCAGUCAUGACCGUCGGAGCCAACUUCCCUACGCCGACCCACAAGCCCCCCUCGGAGCCAACGAUGACUUCUCCUCCCAUUGGCCACCAGCUGCUACCGCUGUCCCCGGCGGUGUCCCCGGCGGCGGAAUUGCUGGCAAUAUUGCUGGUAAUAUUGCCGGCAAUAUCGCCGACGGCAUCGCUGGCGUUUCCCCCGCUUCCAUCUCCCAGUUCCUCCCCACUCACUCGCCGGUCGUUUCCGCCUUCGGCACAGCUCGUUCCGGCGCGGAGCAUUCCGCGGGCGCUGCGCAGCCGUUUCUGCGGAAUGUAGCGCGGCCUUCCGCGCCUUCCGCGCAGUCUGCUUUGGAGUUUGCGCUGCUCGAAUCGCAACUUUUAUCCGCAGUGGCGCGGCAAACGUCGCAGCAAUCGUCGCAGCAGCCGUCGCAUCUGCUGUCGCAGCAACCGUCGCAUCUGCUUUCCCAGCAAGCGUCGCAUCUGCUGCCGCAGGAUGUGUAUCAGGAAGAGCAGUUCAGUCAGGCACCCUUGCGACGAAGUCAGCAUCAGCCGCAGCAGUUCCAGCAGCAGCAGCAGUAUUCUUAUCAGCAGCAGCAGCAGCUGCAGCAGGAGCAACGGCAGGGGGAGCAGCAGUUGUUGCAGCACCAGUUUCAGCUGCACGAACAGCAGCAGCAACAGCAGCCGCCGCAGCCGCCGCAGCUGUUCCAGCAACAUCUCUUCCAGCAGCCGUCGCAGCAGCAGCAGCAGCAGCAGCAGCAGCAGAUGCAGCAGGCGCCAGAAGCGGAUCAACAGCAAGUGCUUCAGUAUCUCGUGCAACAGCAGCGAAACGUCCAGUCGGCUGCAAACUGGCAGCAGCAGCAGCAGCAGCAGCAGCAGCAGCAGCAGCAGCAGCAGCAGCAGCAGCAGCAGCAGCAGCAGCAGCAGCAGCAGCAGCAGCAGCAGCAGCAGCAGCAGCAGCAGCAGCAGCAGCAGCAGCAGCAGCAGCAGCAGCAGCAGCAGCAGCAGCAGCAGCAGCAGCAGCAGCAGCAGCAGCAGCAGCAGCAGCAGCAGCAGCAGCAGCAGCAGCAGCAGCAGCAGCAGCAGCAGCAGCAGCAGCAGCAGCAGCAGCAGCAGCAGCAGCAGCAGCAGCAGCAGCAGCAGCAGCAGCAGCAGCAGCAGCAGCAGCAGCAGCAGCAGCAGCAGCAGCAGCAGCAGCAGCAGCAGCAGCAGCAGCAGCAGCAGCAGCAGCAGCAGCAGCAGCAGCAGCAGCAGCAGCAGCAGCAGCAGCAGCAGCAGCAGCAGCAGCAGCAGCAGCAGCAGCAGCAGCAGCAGCAGCAAGGGUACGAGCAGCAGGGCCCAUCAGAGUCGUACCAGCAGCAGCAGCAGGCCUUCCGACAGCAGCAGGCGCAGCAGCCACAGGAGCAGUUUCAGAUUGAGCAGCAGCAGCAGCAGAAGCAGCAGGUUUACCGGCAGCAGCAGGAGCAGCAGCCUCAGGAGGAGUUGCAGAUUGAGCAGCAGCAGCACGAGCAGCAGCAGCACGAGCAGCAGCAGCAGGUAGAUCAGCCGUAUUUUCUCGAGUUCAUGCAGCAGCAGCCGCAGAAUCAGCAGCCGCCACAGCAGCAGCAGCAGCAGCAGCAGCAGGAGGUGGCAGAGCAGAACGACUUUCAAACGCAGCAGCAUUUCUACUAUGCCCAGCAGCAGCAGCACGACGAGGCGGUGGAGGAGGAGGAAGAAGAUGAGGGGGAGGAAGAGGAGGAGGAGGUUGCGGGGGAGUAUCAGGAGGAGGAGCAGCAGCACGAGCUUCAGGGAGACUUGUCAAUUGUAGGCUCGGCAGUGGCAGGCUUGGAACUUGUAGGUUCGGCAGUGGCUGACCUAGCAGCGGACGGAGCAGACGCGUUUGAUCUGGACGAGGUUGAGGUGGCUCGACUGGAAGGGGAGGCGGAGGAGGGGGAGGGAGAGGGACAGAGGGUUGAAAGAGAAGUUGGGUUUGAGGGAGAUGGGGAAGAUGGUGGGGAAUCGGGUGUGCAAGAGAGCAGGAAGAGACGGCUGGAGGAUUUAGGCGGGGAGGAAGUAGAGGAGGAAGAAGAGGAGGGAGGAAAAGCAGGAGACGGGGAAGAGGAGGAAGACGGAGAGGGAGAGCAGGAAGGGGAGAGGGAAAAGGAGGAGGAUGGAGCGAGUGAUGAAGCGUCUCUCGUCCGCCCAUCCUUUCGCACAACUCCCUCCCCUCUCCUCUGCUCCGAAGCAGACUUCCAGCAGCUCUUAUCCUGCAUCGAGACCGCUUCUAACGAGGACGCCAUAACCAUGGUUCUCCUGCUCCUUCUGGAGGAGCAGCGCGCCGCCGAGGAAUCCUCUCUUUUCUUAAAGCGGCUCCGAGUUGUUCGAUCAGAGUACCUUCUGCGUCACCACUCCCUCGUGCGCUCAAUCGAGCUCAAUCUCAAUCGAGACAUCUCCAACAACGACGCGAUCUGCCAGCAGGAGAUCCAACGGCUGAGGCGCGUCUGCGAGGCCGGCAUGAUAGCUGGCGCAACGCUGUCGCAGCACCAGAUGGCACAAACGCGGGUUUGGACCCGUCCACGGACCCGCGCCUGGUGGGAGGAGUGUAUUGACCCGAAUUACCCUCCCGAAGCGUUCCGGAAGGCGUUCCGAAUGAGCCGGGAGACGUUUAUGGAGCUCUGCACCAUACUGGAAGAGCUGAUUCAGAAAAAGUCAACCAAAAUCAGAAAAUCAAUCGCAGUGGACAUCAGGCUUGGAGCAACGCUCUGGCGUCUGGCCACAGCCGAGCCUCUUGAUCUGAUCUCCAGGAGGUUUGGGCUCAGCAAGACCACCGUGCAUUUCGUCUCUAUCGAAGUUUUCAAGGCGCUGAACGAAGUUGUUCUGCCCAAGGUGGUCGUCUGGCCCGAGACGGGCAGUGCUCGGGCAGCUGAAAUCUCUGGCCAGUUUCUCAAGCGUUGCGGGGUGGAUCACCCCCCAUCUGUGGCGCAGCAGCUCGGAAACGGGCAGCUGAUAGGAACGCUCUACACUACCCACUUGCCCAUAAACACGCCGCGAUCCAACCUUGCAAAGUACCACAACAGGCAGCACACCGAGCGGUUGGCCCGGACCUCCUACUCCAUUGCCGUGCAAGCAGCCAUCGACGCCAACGGACAGUUUUUAGACCUUUGCAUCGGGCUGCCCGGAUCACUUUCUGAUGAGGAGAUUUUGCAGCAGUCGACUCUCUACCAGAAAGGACAAGCGGGGGAUUUAAAAGGAGCGAAGCUGAUUGGCUCUCGAUCUUAUCCUCUCCAGGAUUGGCUGCUGGUCCCGUAUGGCCAAUCGGACAGCGCCACGUGGUACCAGACCACGUUCAAUGAGUGCAUCGAGAAGGGGACUGCAGUGGGGAAGGACGCGAUUGGCCGGCUGAAAGGGCGGUGGAGGAUUCUGCUGAGGCGGGCCGAGGGUAAAUUGCACGAGUUACCUCGUUUGGUGGGGGCGUGCUGCGCGCUGCACAAUUUCCUGGAGCAGAAGGGCGAGGCGUUUGACCCUGACUGGGCGUAUGAUGCCUUUGAUGACUUUGUCCCUGCGAAGAGGGCGGAUGAGGAGUCGCCGGCUGCUGUGGCGGAGAGGGAUGCGCUGGCCCAGGGCAUGUUCCAGGCUGUGCACGGGUGGGAGGGGGAUGCUGCCAAUGCGCUCUGAGGCGUGAGGUGUGAAGAGUCGAGGGGCUGCCUGCCUGCAAUGAGGCAUUGAGGGAGGAAGGCAGCACAGAGGAGGAGGCCUGCUGUGGUGGUGGAGGGGGAUGCUGCCAACACGCUUUGAGGUGUGAAGUGGGGAUGUGAGGAGAGGGAUGCGCUGCUUCAUUGCAUGCUCCAGGCUGUGCACGGGUGGGAGGGGGAUGCUGCCAAUGCGCUUGAAGGGGUGUCUGCCUGCAUUGAGGCAUUGAGGGAGGAAGGCAGCUCAGAGGAGGAGACCUUGGCUACUGCCGUGGAGAGGGAUGUGUGGGAGGGGAAGCUUCCUGCCCCGCCACAUCGCUGGUCGGCUGCAUGCAGUCUGCGCCUACCUCAGAUGCCUCGGCGGCCAUCUGCAUUGUCAUCUCCAUGUGGCUCCGGUGCAUCCCAGCCGUUGAUGCCAUCAAGUCUCAGCCGUCCAUCCCAUUCUCAGGCUGCUGCCUACCAAGAUGCGCUUCUCUUGUCACUUACCUCCUCCUUGCCGAAUGGGGCUCGUGGCUGCGAUUGCUGUACCGGGCACCCGCAGACUGGGUCGAACAGGUCACCACUGGUGGGUGGGUGCUAGUGUGGGCAUCUGUGUGUGUGCGUACAUGCAUUGGGCUAUCACUCUGCGCUCGCUGUACCGAGCACCCGUAGACUGGCUGAAGCAGGUCACCCUGGUGGGUGGACUCAGAAACUGAAUGAAUGAUUAGAGAGAGAGAGAGUACAGGAAUAUAUCUAAGUGUUGUGCCCUCUAAGAGAUGACCCUAUACAGUCUAUGCAAAGUAUAUGAGAUACACAUGUUUGACACACCCCCUAGACUGCAUAGGGGCAGGUCCU